UGUUCAUGCCCGUAGACGGCACAAUCAGGGGCUUUCGCGCCCUUCUAAUGUAAUUCCCGGUUUUCCUCAUCUUCAACCAAUCACAAUACGCACAUCUCCAUCAUUCAGCUCUCCGUUGAUACGAGUCAAGUUACCAUAUUCGAUCAAUCUCACAUGGCCGCAAACUCAAAGUUGCAAGGAAGAUCGCGAUGUCGGAGAAAAUACGAUAGCGCGAUUGGUUCCCGGCGCAGAUCUAUAGCAUCAUCCGCAAGAGCAUAAGGCGUCGGCAAUAUGUGUCCAAUUGGAAACUUCCCGUUCGCUUGUUGGAGUAUGAAAAUAGGAAAAGCUCUAUUGCUCACAAUGUGUGUAAGUGGGUAGGUACCCUUGCCGUCAUGGUAAUCAGGGUCUCAAGAGUUGAGACCUACGUAUAUAAAAUUCAAAUACUACGUACAUCCUUCCUUAUAGCUUCGUUUCCCCUUGAUUGUAUCCUGCGCAAGAGUAAAGUGUAUAGUGUAAUCCUCAAAGCCAUGACUGCUCAGACAGAAAAACCACCAUACCCGUCCGAAGCGGAGGCAGGUCGGCUUCCCACGACGGCGGAAGAAGACAACAACACCAACACGCCAACACCAAUAGACAUCCUCGAAGUCGAAGCCCCAUCCCCGUCCACCCCUUCCCAAUCCCCGUCCGUCGCCCUCGAGCACAGCAAAGCCGCGUACCUGGUACUAGCAGGGUGCGUGCUGAUCCAGGCGCCGAUAUGGGGGUACUCGCUCGCCUUCGGCAUCUUCCAGGAGUACUACUACACGCACCCAUCGAUCCUAGGCCCGAACUCUCCGGGCACCAUCGCCAGCAUCGGCACGACGCAGACGGGCAUCCUGUACCUCAUGAUGCCCAUCACCUUCACGCUGCUAACCAAGUACGCGCACCUGCGGCAGUGGUUCCUGCGCGCCGGGCUAGUCCUGACCACGGGGUGCCUGACGGCGUCCUCGUUCGCGACCUCGGCGGGCUGGCUCAUCGCCACGCAAGGCGUGCUGCACGCCGUCGGGUGCGGGCUCCUGUUCAGCCCCACGUCGCUGUACCUGGACGAGUGGUUCCGCGCGCGCAAGGGCUUGGCGUACGGCGCCAUGUGGAGCGGCAAGAGCGGCGCCGGCGCCGGCAUGCCGUUCCUGACGAGCGCCCUGCUGAACCGGUACGGCGUCGGGACCACGCUGCGCGCCUACGCUGUAGCCUCCGCCAUUCUGACGAUCCCGCCGCUGUUCCUUAUGCGUGACCGACCUCCUAUCCCUACUACUCCUACUACUCCCACUAAUACCGCCGCAACCACCAGCAACAGCGAGACCAACACGACCGAGUCCUCGCCCACGCGCGGCGGCCGACCCGCGGGCACCGUAUCCUUCGCCUUCGCGCGGAACCCGACCUUCUGGAUCCUGCAAUUCGGCAACGUCCUGCAGUCGAUGGGGUACCUGAUGCCGAGCACCUACCUGGCCUCCUACGCCAACGCCCUGGGCUUCCCCUCCGUAACCGGGCCCGUCUUCCUCGCCCUGAUCUCGCUCGCCUCCGUCCCCGGGUCCCUGCUGAUCGGGCUCCUCAACGACACCGGCCUGGCCGCCACCACCGUCAUCCUGAUCUCCAGCAUCGGCAGCGCCCUGCCCGUCGUCCUCCUGUGGGGCCUCGGCGGCCACCAGGUCGCCGUCCUCGUCGUCUUCACCCUGUUGUACGGCUUCUUCGCCGGCGGCUUCAGUUCCACCUGGUCCGGCAUCCAGCGCGAGCUGCAGAGCCGCGACGGCGCCGCCGAUACCGGUCUGAUCUUCGGCAUGCUUCUCGGCGGUCGGGGUCUCGGUUUCGUCCUGAGCGGGCCUGUCGGUGGCGCCCUGCUUGAGGUCAAUCGCUUGAAGGCCCAGGACUUCUCGGGAUAUGCUACGCAGUACGGGCCCAUGAUCAUUUAUACAGGCCUUACCGCUACCCUUGGCGCUUGGGGCUGGUUCUGGACUAUGGGCAAGAGGGCAAUGGCUGCCCUGUAGCGGAAAGGGUACAGUUCCACCUAGAUGACUGUGGACAACGACCACUAAGCAGAAGCUAGUUCUACCAUCACAGUAUUUCACUUGUCUACCUAUAGAAUUAUCACCACACGCACUUUACGCUUAGGAUAGUC